GUAGCGCCCGCUACAGUCAGUCUAAACACAUACUGUUCACAGCACCGAAUGUGCGAGUCCGGUUCUGAAAGACAUGAACGUUAUCCUGGGUCAGCAGGUUAUUUGGGCGGUCUUUCUUGUCUUUGUGACAGCCCAAGAAACAUUGGCAACCCAGGUGGCGGUAACAACUGCCUCUGACGGCUGGAUUGACCAUGCGGCCACUGAUGCAAACAUUGAAAUUAGUCUGGAAGUUGUACGCUCAGUCCAGGCCUCAGUCACCUCCACAUCAACGGUCUCGUGUUCUUUGGAUUGCAGCGGUGCCCGGUGCAACAAAGACCAUAUUGAUGUAGCUACGUGUGGUGCCUUGUACGGAAUUCUGAAGCAGGUUACUCUGUAUAACACUGGCACAGGUCACGCCCCGGACUGGCAUCCUGUGAGGGUGAAAGUAACCGAUGGUGGUCAUGUGUACGACUUUAACCUCGUUGAUAUAUGGAUAGAUGCCCGACAAAGUGCAACAAUGCAAGUUACCGCCACAUCGUGUAACCAACCAGCAGCCCCGAGCAAUGGAUACUUCAGCGGCGGCACGAAUCACAACACUUACGGGUACGCAAGAUGCAACAGCGGUAACCCAGGCUACUACCUGACUUCGUCAUCUGACAGUCGCUAUCUUUGCUAUGCAGGCUACCGGUACCCCAAAUAUCCAAGUGUGACAUGCAAUGCGUGCCAGAGCAUCGCCAACUGUGAGAGAUACAACCAGUGUACCGGGUCCAGUGACUCGAGGUGCACGAAGUGUCAGUAUGACAGGGGGACCGUCCAAAAGGCGUACCAGCUCUCCAGUGAUGGAACGUUGUGUACAAAGCUGUGCUCAUGGCGACCUGACAGUAUCUUCUGCUACCCGGGUAGAUGUACCCACAAUACACCGGCGUCCUGCACAUGCGCACCGGGCUUUGGUGGCUCCAACUGUCUGGCAAUCAACUCCGCUCCUGUGAUGAGUAGUUGUUUGGGUAAGCUGAGAAGGAUGGUAAAUGGGACGGAACGGGACUCUUCUGAAGCAUCAUGCAUGAGCACGUCAUCUCCCGCGACUGUCUGGACCAGCCUGAACAACAGGACAGACCAUACGGAGCAGAUGCAGCUCGAGGUUACUUGGGACACCAGUUUCCCAGGCCCCAGUGUGACAGACUGGCCCCAGCAUUACUACAUACACGACCACGGUAUAGGUGUGAUCUCUGCCUCGGUGGACUGGUGGCUGGAGAGAGGUGGUACCAGGAUUAGCAGCGGAACAUUUCCCUGUGUGGGCGGUGAUAUCAGCAGAGACAACCCCAAAGCAUCCCCACACUGCACCGCAACUGUCACCAUGAGAGUCCCACCGCAGCAAGGCGACAGCCUUUUCUUUACUGCGAAGUCGAGGAACGGUGGAUACGUCAAAGUCCGGAACUACGACCGCACGUCCGGGUACACCGUGAACCCGCCGGUCUACUUUUCGGGUCAGGAGCUCGCUCAUACCGCGCACUUCACGUUCGACUUCCAGCCUCCAUCUCAGUCAGAUGCAACAACUAGUUCUUCCGAUGGAAAAACUACCGUUCAUCCUACUUCACCUGCCACAACUCUUACUUGGUCUACCGCACUUAUCAACGCGUCGGCCGCGAAGCUUACUUCAUCCAACGAGGGCCACGGCGUCGGAAUCUAUGCGGGGAUUGCAGCCGGUGCUGUCGGAGUGAUUGUGUUGGGGGUUCUGGUAACUGUCUUCCUACUGCGCAGGCGGAGGGAAAGAGGCGAGUCAAGGCAGUCUUCGUUUUUCAAUUCGUAUAUCCCAGAAGGGUCGGAGGAACGGGAAGAUGUGGUAGACAUGAAUGCGGCCACUCAUCGUCAGGCGUCAGGGUACGACAUGCCGAUAUACGCGAUGGACGUACGCCCGCAGGAAGAAAGUGAACAUGUCUACCAAGGGCUGAGGCCAGUGGCACAGGUGUAUGAGCAGUAA